UUAAAAGUGGAAAAUUACAGAGGUACAAAUACCCGCCCAAUUGGGCGCGAACCCGCCCCAAAACCCGCAGCGUGGCUGGGCUGUGCGCAUGUGCAGAGACCGGAUAUCCGCGUUGCCAGGUGACCGAGGCCCAGGAUGGACAACCCCGAGGCCGUCUUCAGCCUCUUCUACGCCGUCUUUUCCUUCUGCUUCGUCUUCACUCCCACCGAGUUCCGCUCGGCCGGGGUCACGGUGCAGGACCUGCUCUCCGACCUGCUGGGCAGCGAGGACCUGGGCUUCAUCUACUACCACAUCCGCAGGACCACGGCCACCGUGGCCGUCCACUCGCUGCUGCCGCUCGGGUACUAUGCAGGAAUGUGUAUUGCAUCUUCCGACGAGAAACCUUUUUACUUUCUGCUCAGCGAAGGCUGGAUUGUGUACUUGGUGAUUGCUGUGCUCAUCCCCACAUUUGUUAGCCUUGUGGCAUUGUACUGGUCCUUAAAUAAGUGGGGCAACCAUCCGAUAGCCAGAAGUCUUGCAUACCAUGCCCUUCCACAGUCGGGUUGGAGAGCUGUGGCAUCAUCUGUUAACACUGAGUUUCGAAGGAUUGAUAAGUUUGCAUCUGGUGCACUGGGAGCGAGAGUUAUUGUCACUGAUACCUGGGUGAUGAAGGUAACUACGUACUGUGUUUACAUAGCACAGCAACAGGAUAUUCACCUCACUCUAACAGAAUCUAGGCAGCAUGAGUUGUGCCCUGAUGUGAAUGCACCUGUACAGUUCCUCACUAUCAGAGUGUCCAGCAUCAAUCCUAAUGUCAAACCUUUCGACAUCAGGCUGAAUUCAACUGAGUACGGAGAACUACGUGAGAAACUCCACAUGCCAGUUCGAAAUGCCCAUAAUGUGGUGAUCCACCAGUCUCUGAGCGAUAUGUUUCUUGACACAUUCAAAGUCCAGGUGGAACUGAACCAGCCUUAUCCCCUCACUGGUAACCAGGAACUGGAGGCUUGCAUUGGCUGCAUGCAAACCGCUGCUAACAUCAAGCUGGUCAAAGUCUGCCAGGAGCCGAACGGAGGUGAAUGCCAGCAGUGUUACUGCCGCCCCAUGUGGUGCCUGACCUGCCUGGGAAAGUGGUUUGCCAGCCGCCAGGACCAGCAACACCCAGAAACUUGGCUUUCAAAUCGUGUGCCCUGUCCCACCUGCCGGUCCAAGUUCUGCAUUCUAGAUAUUUGUAUUGUGCGCUGAACGUCCGAGGGGUAAUAGUACUUUCUCUGUACAAAAGAAUGUCUUCAAUUGGUGAGACUAUUUAACCGUUCCCUCAUCUAUCUUAUGGACGACUCUGGUUGAUUGGUUUCUGAUUCUGGUGAUUAGGCUGAUUUUGCACCACCUCAAAUAUCCCUCAUUUUCCUUUUCUUUCUCUUUAAUUGCUGCCUUUUGACAUUUGUGGCAUUCUUCACCAAGGUUUCUUCUGAAAGGAGAAAUUAGCAAGUGGAAUUCUUCAAAACAAGUGCUAUGACUAUUCUCCCCACUUCCCCCCACCUCUUGCAAAAUGGGAGUCCUGUGUUACCAAAAGCUAACCAUUAGGUGGACUCAAGGGCUCAAUCCUCCAGACUGCUGCAGCACUUGCAUUACUAAACCACCAAAUUCAAAUUGAAUGGCACCCAAGUGGAUUUGUAUCGAGUCAGAUUUAUGCCAGGAAUUCUGAAUCCCAUAUAGUUCCUUUAUGUAAUAAGUCAUUGGUAUCUUUUGCAAUUCUCCACCAUUUCCAACUGCAUUCAGCAAAUGCACAAAGUGUUUAAUAUUUUAUAACAGGCUAUUGUUAGGAUUUCUACUUGAUCAGUACUACAAAGAACUAGACCAUUUUUACUUUAAUUUGCGCAAUCCAAAUUGAAUAUUUAUGCUAUUUUGAUUGCUUUUUAUUAACCCAGGCAACUUUCCUGAGGUGAAGCAGGGGAAUUUCUGAGCAUUAUCUGUGUUUCCAGCUUUGUUUUUCAUUUGAGCAAAUCCGCUGCUUUUACAAGUUGCAUCUAACUCAUCUGAGACUUAUAAGCAUACACUUGACAUUGAGAGUUUGCACUUUUCUCACAGCCGCACUUUCUCCACAAACAGGAGAGCAAUUGCAUUGCCAGCACGUUUCUAAUCUUCUGUGAUUAUUUUGUCUUCAGCAAUGAAGUUUCUGCAUUGUGCCCUGCGCAAUUCCCCCCCUCCCCCCCAAAGAUUUAAUAAAGAUCUUCCAGAGUUAACUAUUCCAUAGGUCGAAAUUGGUGUGAAGCAUAUUCUUAUGAAAUGGUGCCAUUCUGAGAAAAGGUAUUGUGUUGCCCUCUUAAAAACCAAGCUAUUCAGCAGGAUUUUACAACUAAUCACUUUACAGUCAGCAACAGAAUUGCUGCUGAGCUGUCAAUCGAACUCAAAGGGAGUGAUUUGGGGCACAUAGCUGCAUUGCAGAAUAAAUCUAGGCUGCAGGUGUCUGGUUAGAGGACAGUGUCACUGUUCCCUUUAUUUUCAAAUUGCGCGCCAUCAGAGCACAUAACCUUGCCUCUCAUAGAAAGUCGUGAGUUCCUGAGACUUCUAUUUCUAACUCCAUUCUGAAUUUCUCAUCUGUUGACAUUCUUGGCCUCAUCAUCACGGUACACCUGCAUUGCUAAAGUUACCUCCAAGAAUCCCAGUUUCCCAUUCAUGUCAAACACAUCUUUUUCCUGUCAACAACUAUUAACAGUCAGAAAAUCUCCAAAUUGACAAUUUCCCCCAUAUUUAGAAAUAUGGGGAUCUCGUUGCUCACAUUACUACAAGAAAUAGCCUGUGGGCAAAGGCUUAGGGACCCCAGAGUGUAUGAUGAGUGUUUGAGUUUAACCAACUUCAACUGCAUAAGUUUCUAUUGUGAGCACUGCCUGGCAAGCUUUCCACUGCUUGUCUGCCCUACCCAAUAGGAUUUUGGCUGGUGGGAUUAACAGGAGCCGAGUGGGAAAAAUCUCUGCCCAAGUGACUCAUCUGUCCCUACAAAUCCUGUCAAUGAACCAGGGUGGCUGUUUUUUGAUCAGCAGUACUGCUGAGCCACCUGUUACAAGUGACCANUUUUUUGUUAAUGAAAUCUGACUAAUGUUCCCUUUUUUUUUAUUUCUGUAAGAAACUGAGAUGCAGUUUUUUAAUCUGAUGUGUUGAAUCAGUAAAAUACAGCACAGAUGUUUUUCGUACACUUCAUUUCCUAUAACAUUGUAUGUUCUGCACAAACAAGUUGGAGGUGAUGAGAUUUGCUGUCAUGGGUGCAAGCCAGAUUAUAACAAGUUUACAUUAUCAAGUACACGAGGGGUCCAAUGGUCUUAAAUCUUAAAAGCAAACCGGAGUAAACCAGUACCAAUGUGAUAUCUUUCAACAGAGAACUUUCAAAAUAAGUUAAAAAAAAAGCAACAAAAGAGAAUAGGAAACACAAGAGCAAAUUAUUUUCAGUAUAAGUGAUAGGCAUAUGGAGCAGAGUGCAGGUGCAGAUGGUAGACCAAGAUACAUUGAUGAGUUUGGAUAUAUUCACGUUCACACAUUUAGAGAUAUUAGAUUAAGAAAUAGAUAUAUCAACAGGACCUUUCGAGAAAAUAGAUGAGACUAGAUGGACUGAUGUCUGAAACUGUUACUCAAUACUAACUUAGAAGCCAGUUUGUGAUGUGUAGGUGAUUAAAAAAAUAUUACAGAAAAUUGCUGUCUGACCGUUUUGGAGUUUUUAAAAUGCAUUUGGUUAAAAGUUUGCAUACGGAAAAGAGUCUAGUUUGCAUGAAAUGGCGAUUUGAUGAUGUGCCCCUUCUCUGUCUGUCCUACAGUGAAAGAUGUGCCACAGUAUGGUUUCUAAGAUCCCACAAAUCUGUGCAAUGCUUAUUUGCAUAAGAUUCCCAACAAAGCUUUUCAUUAUUUCUACCAUCCUGUUGGUAUCACCGAUCGUGCCUCUGUGAAUUGUUUAAAAAUACUGUAUUUUGAAAAAAUGAACACUCAUCAAAUUUAUAAUUCUAUGUGCCCUGUGACCAAUUAAUCUGGGAGAUUGCUGGCUUGAGCACUUGGAGAAACUCGCUCUUUUUUCCGAAUAGCGUAGUAGAAAAUAGUUUUAAAUAAUAAAUAGUUGCUAAAACGUGGCGCUAACAUGGGAUUUUUAUUAAAAACUUGCAGGAAGCAAUCCUGGCCAAAACCUCCAUGUAAACUUUAAUGUGUCUCUUUUGUAACAGUUCAUUGUGGUAUUUGCUGUUGUGUCCUUGUAUAAUAACAGGACGGGAUUUAAUCCAUUUUUACGAUUCUGAUCACCUUAUUCCAAUAAGGAAUUAUUUGGCAUUGGUGAGGUCACAGGAAGGGACAACUAAAUAACUAUUUAAUUGCCUCUUAAAUUUGCUGACUCCAUUCUACUCAUUCAUCAAUCUCUUGAAAAUAAAUGAACUCUGAACUUCCCUCUUCUGAGUUUGCGUCCUUGUCCUCUUUUGCUUCACACUUCAGCCUAUUUUGAAGUUGAAAUUAAACCAAGGUCCUGUUUGCCUGCUCAAGUGGAUAAGUGGCAAUUUAUUUUCUACUACAGUAUUCAAAAGGAAAAGGGAGUUUCUCCCAAGUGCUCAAGCCAGCAAUCUCCUAGAUUAAUUGGUCACGUGGAAUGUAGAGCUAAAUCUACUUAACUAUGGAGAAACUAUUCUGCUUUCCUUUCUGAGUUUCAGUUUAUUUUGCAACGUAAAUUAAGAUCAGUGUCAUCAGUUGGUAUAUUCUGGCUCCUGGCCCCAUGUCCUUGCUGAGUCAGCAAUAUGAGUGCACAAAACGCUUGAUUUGAAAUCUACAGCAAAAACCUUAACUGUAACAUAGAUAUUGACAGGUGUGUAAGCCUUUCUUCAGCAUUUACCCAUGAGUAAAAGUUGACAACUCUGCAGGAAUUGCAGCUUAAAAGAUUAGUGUGUCCUUGAAUACGAAUGAAAGAUUGCACCACAAGCAUCGCUGAAAGAUUUAUUUUGUAACUGUGUGUUUCAAUAAAUAUAUUUUUA